AUGGCCGAGACCACCGCACUGUCCCCGGCAACGCAUCGCCAGCCUUCCCGAAAAGGCAAGAAGGCAUGGCGGAAGAACGUCGACCUCACCGAAGUGCACCAGGGUCUGGACACUACGCGAGACGAGAUCAUCAAAACCGGAGGCGUGAUUGCGGAGAAGCCGGCGGACCAGCUGUUCGCUACUGACGUAUCCGGCGAUGCGGAGAUCUCGAAGCUGCAGCACGGGAAAAAGCUGCUGAAGGCCGAUGAGAUUCUGGCACAGCGCUCCGCAGUACCUGGUCUGGACGGGAAGAAGAGGAAGGCCGCUGAGCCAGCAGUCGUGCCCAACAAGAAACAAAAGAAUGGCGAGUUUGUCUCACGCAGGGAGCUGGAACGAUUGAGAGCCGUGGCAGACGGGGCAAAUGGUGGCCUAACAGUGGAAGACCAAGCCGAGCACGACCCGUGGGCGCAGCCCGUGGUGAAGACCGACCCUCAACUGAGCUUUUUGGAGGACGUCAAGCCCGCACACGAGCCGAAGACUCUUAAGCAUGCACCAAAAGCGCUUACGGCCAAUGGCAAGCGUAUACCCAACAUCCGCAAGCCAGAUGCCGGCAAGUCCUACAAUCCACUGGUCGACGACUGGAGUGCGCUGUUUGAACGAGAGGGUGCAGCAGCGGUUGAAGCUGAGAAAGAGCGCCUGGCAACAGAGGCUCAGGCUGAGGCAAAGGAGGCACGGGCAUUGGAUGAGGCGGCAAAGGUCGAUGCAGCAGAAAAGCUGGAGUACGCUACAGACUACGACUCUGCUUGGGAGAGUGAGUGGGAUGGAUUUCAGUCCGAGGCAGAGGAGGCUCAUCUACAAAAGCAACGGCCACGCAAGACGCCGACGGAAAGAAACAAGGUCAAAGCAAGGAAGGAGCGGGAGGCGAAGGAGGUGCAUGAGCGCAAGGCGAAGGCGAGAGAAAUGCAGGAGAAGCGGAUCUCGCAGAUCGCAAAAGAGGUGUCAGCGAAGGACAAAGCUCGCCGCGCGCAUACCAUGGCCCUUCAGCCUGCCGACAAUGGCCCGUCAGACUCCGAAGACGAGGGCAAAGAUGUGCAACUACAGCGUCUUCGAUAUGGCAAGGUCGCUGUGCCAGAUGCGCCACUCGAAGUCGUCUUGCCCGACGAGCUGGAGGAUUCUCUUAGGAGGCUGAAGCCGGAGGGCAAUCUGAUGCAGGAGCGGUAUAGGAAUAUGUUGGUCAGUGGCAAGGUGGAGGCGAGGAAGAGGAAGUGGCAGCACAAGCAGGCGAAGAAGACGAGGAGUGAGAAGUGGAGCUACAAGGAUUGGCAACUAAAGUGA